AUGAAUAACGGGGAUGUUGGAGGAUCGAGAGGCAGAGGCCGUGGAUGGCAACAACCUGAAAACCCACCUCGGGAACUACGGCGACCAAAAGCCGUAGUUGAAGAUAAUAAAGUUGAGCCAUCAAAGUCAAAGCUCUCUGCCGAUGCCAAAGAGUGGUACCCUCCAAACUAUGUACCACAAACUACAACAACAUAUACUGAAACAUCUGCCUACAGGCCUCAACGGUUUUCGGUUCAAGAUAGACUUCGUCAGGCUCAAGAUGUAAAUCCCUAUAAUUAUGAUGAUAUGUCAUAUUCUCUUGCAGAAUUUGAGAACCAGGACUUGCGGGAGAAUCUUGCUAAUUUGAUAACUGUUAUGUGUGAGAUAACUUUUGAACCUGGCAAGUUUGACACUUUGUGCGGCCCACUAGUUGAUUCUUUCGUCUCAACAUUACAUGAUGUCAAGUACACUAGACCUCUUGUGGAAGCUAUUGUUAAUCAGUCAAUAGGUGAGUCUAAUUUCCGCUACAAUGGAGCCAGGCUUUGCUCUAUGUAUGAUUCUGUGGCGCCACCUGAAGAAUCAACAUUCCGUGCAUGCCUUUUGGAGCGCUGUUCCACUGAGGAGAAUAAAAUUAUUACUGGCAUUGAGACAUCUGAAGAAAAUAUGAGAGGCUUUGCCAUGUUCCUUGCAGAAAUAUAUACUCAAUUGGAAGAUAGCCAGGGUGGCAGAAUAAAGUCUCUAGGCGAAAGUCUCUGCAAAGUUCUUUUACAUUUGCUUGAUACAGACAAAGAAACAAAUAUUAAAGCUGUGUGUCAACUACUUAAACUGUCGGGCAUAGCGCUGGACGCGGAUUGCCCGUCGGGCAUGCACGCGGCGUUCGAGCGGCUCCGGCGCCGCACUUCGCUCGCCUGCGUUCGCGGCGUGGUGGCGCUGCGGGCAGCACGCUGGGGCCUCGCGGAGCCGGACCACGCCCAGCCGGCCGCCACGCCCAUCAUCGACCCCAGGAGGCGUAACCCUAACAUUAUGAAUGGAGAAAUGGAUGGAGGCUCAAACAACGAAGGAGGGUACCUUGCAGAUGGCCACAUGCUGACAGCAGAAGAGUGCGCCUUUCUACAGAGCAACCUACCACCUAAACCUGCUGCACUCGAUGAAGAUAUACUUGACGAAUUGGAAAAUGAAUCAUGGGAAACAGGUAUGGAUGCUGAAAUGCAAGCUGGUUUCCUGGAGUUCCUCAAGAUAUCAAACCAGAUCAAACGA